AUGCGACCGUCUCACGAAGCGCGCCAUCAGAAUCACGUACACCUGCCUUCUCACUCGCCCGCAUUCCUAUAUAACCCCGCAGCGCCGCCGUUCGUGCCCUUGCCCGUGUCUGCCCCGAUGCACCACCCCAGUCCCCCGACCGCGGCGCUCCCCAUUCAUGUCAACCCGCCUCCGCUUUCGUUCUUCUCCCCCGCCGCCGACGCCCGCGUGCUCGCCCAGCAGCGUCUCCUCCAGCGCCAGCGCACCCUCCACUUUCCCGCGACGUGGCAUCCGCCCCAGCCUCCCCCGACGCAGCGCACCCACGUCCCCCAGAAGGUCUGGAUCCUCGACUGCAAGUCCUGCGGCUCCUUCCUCACCAACAGGGGUAUGAAGGCCGUGCUCCUCCUGCACCCGUCCAUCUCGCUCUUCUCCACCGACGCGCUCCCGGCCAACUGCUCCGCCUGGGACGCGCGGACCCCGCCCCUGCCCUCCUCGAGUGGGCGCCGCACGUGCGAGUGCCUCACGCAGACGCUGUGCUGCCACGGAUGCGGGGCGGCGGUGGGGUAUGUGAUUGUUUGUCCGUGCCUGCGCUGCACCGCGCAGCCCCCGACGAGCCCCUCCCAGCGGAGCACGAACGGCCACCGCUUCGUGUUCUACUCGCGCGAAGUAAGAGCGUGCGAGCGGCGGUACGUCCCCGGCGAGGAGGGCGUCGUCCCGUUCGACCCGCCUCCCCCUUCGCCCCCUGCGAUCGUGCCGAGCCAGGGGCGGAGCACGCGCUGGACGGUCGACCGGGGCGCGUAUCAGUACGAGGGCAUCCCGCCGCUCGUGGACUCGCGGCUCGCACGGCAGCCCGCGGCCGCGGGCGACCCCAUGUUAUCGCCGGCGUUGUCGGAUGCGCCGAGCGCCGAGGGCGAGGGCGAGGGCGAGGACGCGUACGCGGACAUGCCGCCGCUCGAGCCCGCGUGGCGCGCCGACGAGGGCGAGGACAAGGAGAACGAGGCGCCGGCGCCGGCGCCGCGCUCCCCGCAGUUGGGUGUGCUCGCGCUGGACGCCAAGGACGAGGGCGUGGGCGAGGGCGAGGCGAGGCUGGGAAGGGAGCUGCGGGCCGGGGACGGGGUGUACUGGCACCAUCUCGUACGGGCGGGGGAGAUUGGCGGGGUGAGGGAGGUGGGCGGGGCGCGGGGGGAUGCGGGGGAGGGCGUGAGGGUGGGAAGUCGGGAUGUGCUGCGGGGGGUGGGGCGGUAG